GGUGCUUCUUCAUUAAAUGGAUUAUUUUCUGGUCAAUCUUAAUUAGAUUAGAGUCGGUGAUGCUUCUCCAUUCUUUUCACGCGGUUUCCUAUGCGAACACGCAAUCUACGCGUUUGGUCACUUCUGUGUAGUACUCCUGUCUGCUCCCUCUCCUCUCAUAUAUUUUAUAUAUACCCUGCACUUCACCUCCUCAUCACGUCAACAAGAAGCCUUUUUUCAUUACUCUCUCUGUUAUUCUUUCUUUGUGUUCGGUACUCUUGUCCAAUUGAAAUGGCAUCCACUUCUCAGUCAAGGGUUGAAGAAUCUGCAACAUCUGCUUCUACUUCUGGUAGAUCUUACGAUGUAUUUAUUAAUCAUCGUGGUCCUGAUGUCAAACAUACACUAGCUACUACAAUCUAUAAAAUGCUUACUAGUGGCAUGGGGUUGAGCGUUUUUCUGGAUUCAGAAGUAUUUGAAUUGGGGGAUAACUUGCCUACAUGUCUAGAAGCAGCAAUGAAGACUGCUUCGCUUCAUAUUGCUAUAUUUUCAGAGAACUAUGCACAAUCCCGGUGGUGUUUGGAUGAGCUGUCAUUUAUGUGCAAAACAGGCACUAAGAUUGUUCCCAUUUUCUACCAUGUGAAGCCUGAAGAUGUCCGAUAUGCAAAAGGAGUGUAUGCGGCUGCAUUUGAACGGCACAAAGAGAACGGUAGAUACACCUCCAAAAAGCUUCAGGAGUGGAAGGAUGCGCUCUCCAGUGUUUCAAAUAAUAUCGGUCACAUUGUCAAUAACAAGGAAGACGAGAACAUGCUGCUGAAGAAUAUUACUUAUUGUGCUAUGAAAGAAACUGGAAAGCUACCAUUCAUGGUUGCAAAACAUCCUGUGGGUUUAGAUGAAAUUGUAGAAGAUUUUGAAAAGAUUACAAAAAUCCAAUCUGAUAGAAGUGAUCAGAUUGUGCCAAUUGUUGGAAUAUGGGGCAUGGGUGGUGCUGGAAAGACCACUCUUGCUAAAGAGUUAUAUAAUAGAAGAUAUCCACUUAUGAAGAAGGCUAGUCUUAUAUUAGAUAUUAGAGAUGCUGCUAAGAAUAAUUUGCUGUGUGAGAAGCAGAAAAAGCUUUUGGAGGAUCUCGGUUGCAAAAAUGUAUCGGUUGACAGUAUAGAAAAGGGGAAGGCAAUUCUCACAAGCAAUUUGAAAUCUUUUCAGGCAUUAAUUGUUCUAGAUGAUGUUGAUCAUGUAGACCAAUUGGAUGCUUUAUUGCCUAGACAAGGAUCAGAAAGUUUGAUUGGAUCAGAUAGUUUGAUUAUUGUCACUACAAGGGAUCUUGAAGUACUUAGGCGUUGGAACAUCUCUUCGCGCUAUCAAAUGAAACCACUUGGAACAGUUCAUGCCAAGCAACUUUUUUGUUGGCAUGCUUUCAUUCAAGAAUCUCCACUAAAUGGAUUUGAGGAGUUUGAGAAGCUUGUUGAAAAUUUUUUAGAGGUUUGUAAUGGGUUGCCAUUGUCACUUAAAGUCCUUGGAGGGCAGCUUUAUGGAAACUUAAGCAAAGAAUCUUGGGAGAGUCAAUUAGACAAGUUCUCUAGGGUUUUACAUAACGAUAUCAAGGAUAAAUUGAAAAUAAGUUAUGAUGCUUUAGAUUAUGAAGAGAAAGAGGCAUUUUUGGAUGCAGCAUGCUUCUUUAUUGGAAAAAAAUGUGACUUGGUAAUUGAAUUAUGGAAUGGUUCAGAGUGGAGUGGUUUGUACAAUUUGGAGAGGCUGAGAAAUAAGUGUCUUAUUGAAAUAGAUGAUCAAAAUUCCAUCAGAAUGCAUGAUCAUUUAAGAGAUUUGGGAAGGGAGAUUGCAAAUGAACAAUCACCCUACCGUCUUUGGUAUCCCCAGCAAAAAAUUAAAGUUUGCAAUGAACAGAAUGGGAUAGGCAUUCGAGGAAUAGUCGUCACCUCUGCUGCGUGCUUUAGUGAUGAGGAGUUUGUUAGUUGCUCGCCGCGCGGCGAACUGAUGGUGAACACAACCGGAGGAGUUCAGGCGCUGAUGCCUUCUACACUUGGACUGAAAUUUAUUGUUGCUCGAGAUCGUAGUUUAAGUCAUGUAAUUAGUGAAGCAUCAAGGGAUUUGGUCUGGCUUCAAUGGUAUGAUAUUGAGCAGAGAGAUCUUCAGUCACUAUUUCCACUCAAAAAAUUGACGGUUUUACAACUCCGUGGAAAUUCGGAUCAAUAUAAGCCCUUACAGGAGCUUUGGGUGGAUGAGUGCGAUGCUCCUUCACAGUUAAGAGUGUUGACCUUUUCUCAUUGCGAAGGAUUGCCAGGGCUUCCAAAGUCAAUAGGACGUCUCAAGCUAUUGAAAAAAAUAGUCCUGGAAUACGCAUGGCAUUUGGAAAGUUUACCAGAAGAAUUCGGCCUACUACAAUCGCUGGAGCACCUUGAAAUAAAGUUAUCCCCGCACCUGUUGUCACUACCUAACAGCAUGGGUAAUUUGAGAAACCUGCGGCAUCUAUGUUUGAAGGAAUGCCACCAAUUGGAAAGGUUACCAGAUUCUUGUAAGGAGUUAACUCUGCUGCAACAUCUGGACUUGGACUGUUGUUUUAAAAUCACCUUAAAGGAGGACUUAAUGGAAAACAUGUCAAAUCUAGAGUAUUUAGAUUUCUCAAUGUGCGAACAAUUGGAAAAGUUGCCUCUUCACAUCGCAAAUCAGGCGUCCUUGAGAGAGCUCAACUUACGCUCGGUGAGGAACUUAAGGGAGUUGCCUGUGAAGAUCGGUCAACUGAGCAAGUUGCGAAAAUUGCACGUCGGGAGUCAUUCAUUGACAAGCUUGCCGGCCUCUCUUGGAGAUUUGUCUUGCUUGACUACACUCAAAAUUAGUGGCUGCACGGAGCUGCAAUGUUUACCAGACUCUGUGGGGCGUCUUAGUCUCUUAGAGAGAUUAGAGAUACGCUAUUCAGGAGUGAAAGCUUUACCAGAAUCAAUCAGUCAAUUGAUUGAUCUUGAAAGCCUGGAGAUAGAAAAUUGUGAAGUCAGCGAAUUGGAUCUUGGAGUGGGGUCUUCGUUGUGCAAGCUCAAGACGAUAGAUCUGUCAUAUAAUAAUCAACUGUCCAAGAUCUCCAUCUCAGAAGACAGUUGCGCCGGCCUUGAGACUCUCACAAUUCAAUGCAAUAUCAAUCUAACGGAGAUAGAAAACCUACCAAGUUCAGUCAGAAAACUGGUUAUAAGUAAAUGUCCCAACUUGUCUGCGCUUCCCAGUUUUGCACAACUAACUUCUCUCCGAGAAUUUGUACUGAGAGGGUGCAAGCAAGUCAAGCAAAUCGAAGGUUUAAAUCACUGCAGAGAAUUGGAAGUGUUGGAAGCACAUACAGGGUGGGAGGUGCCGAGCAUACAAGGCAUCGAGUGCAUGGAAAGAUUGAGAACGCUGCAACUCACAGCAAUGAGGAAAUCUGUUGUUGAAGGUUGCAUUCAAAGCCUGCAGAAAUGGCCUGGAGAAAUUGUAGUUUGUCUGCGAGCAGUCCAAAACGCAGCCUCACUUGUGAACUCGUUGGCCAUUCCUUCUCUCCGUGUCCUUGACUCCUGCUCUAACGUGCAAAUUAGUCGGCGUUGCACGACUAAAUUGGUUGUGAAGCAGCCCCCCAAGGGCAAUGCCAUUAUUGUUUGUUUUGUUAUGUCGACUCGACAUUGGGCAGUGUUUAGAAUGUAUUCACACACAAUAGGAGAGUAUGCUGGACCGGCUGCUGAAGCGGAUGUUGAGGUGGAGGAGGGGAGGUGGGUAUGGAUAGGUGUCUUCACACAACGUUCUAAAUGGUACGGUGUGAAAUGCGUAGAAAUAAGCUUGGAGUGGUCAUAUUGUCCAAGUAAGGAAGGCAUAGUGGAGGAAGGGUUCCUUGCGAUGGUACAAGAGGAGAAAGUUAUGGAGGUUUUUCCCGUCUUAAUGGGGCUGAGGAAAAUAUGAUUUUGCUGCACUCUAGUCUAGGUAGAAAGAUUCCAUUUCAUGUAGAAAUGAGAUACAAUUAAAAAAUAAUAUUUUUAAUACAAUACGUGGCGAUUAAAAAGUUAA